AUGGUGUCCUUUGAAACCGUACAGUCCAGCAACGCAGCCCUCAAGAACUAUGGUCCCAACCUGGUGGGGGUCUUCGUUGGUGGCACCAGUGGCAUUGGCGAAAGUACCGCCCGGGCUUUUGUGAAACAUGCGUCUUCUCCACGAGUGUAUCUCGUUGGACGGAGCGAAACUCGAGCAUCUCAGAUCAUUGAGGAACUCCGUGCCUUGAACCCUGAUGGACAAAUCAGUUUCAUUAAAAGCGAUGUCUCGCGUUUGCAGGACGUUGACCAGGCGUGCAAGGAGAUCCAAUCAAAGGAGGACAAGAUCAACCUUUUGGUUUUGAGUGCUGGCAUUUUGACCAUGAAGGGAAGAGAUGAGACUGACGAAGGGCUGGACAAGAAACUCAGUCUCCACUACUACUCGCGCAUGCGUUUCUUAUACAACCUUCUUCCACAGUUGACAAAUGCCGCCAAUGCCGCGGCCCCAACGCCUGGCCAGCACAGUCUGUCAAGUGUACUGUCUGUUCUCGACGCUCGCGGAAACGCGUCACUGAUCUUGAAUGACUUGUCGCUGAAGGAGAAUUACUCCCUGCGUAACUGCGCUAACCAUGCAAUUACCAUGACAUCGCUUUCGAUGGAAGAGCUUGCUGUUUCAAAUCCGUCAACUUCCUUUAUCCACGCGUACCCUGGAAUUGUGAGAACAAGCUUGACGCGUGACAACGGAAUGUUCAUGAAGGCGGCUCUGAAUGCGCUGUUCCUCUUGCUUACUCCGAUGCAAGUCGGUUUGGAAGAGAGUGGCGAGAGACAUCUGUAUGCCAGCACCAACCCUAUUUUCUCCCCGCGGGGAUCAAAGAGUGGUGACGUCGCGAUUGGCUCUGAUGGUGUCCAGGGCUCCGGCUCCUACCUUGUUGGCGCGGACUCGGCUACUGUCAGUAACCAAAAGGUUUUGGAAGGCUAUCGUGCGGAUGGAACGAGAGCUUCUGUCUGGAAGCAUACACUUGAUAUCUUCAAAGGAAUUUGUGGGGAAUAA